AUGGCACGGAAAGAGUUGAAGGGAGACGAUGAGAGAGAAGAUGGGAAAAUAUCAAGAAAAACACCCAUGGACUCAAGAUAUUAUAACUCUGAUUACACCAACCCACUCAUGUGGAAUCACCAGACGGGCCAUGCCAUCAUCAGAGGUGUCACGUACAAAGACUGCGGGUCUGGUCGUCAACCAAAAACUGGACUCUUCGUCGUUUAUUCCAAGAUCUACUUCCGAGGAUAUAAAUGUGAACGCAGGAAGAAUUUGGAGCACAUCCUAUUCAAACGGUCGACUCGCUAUAGUAAGGACUUGAUUCUGAUGGAAUCUGAGAAGACGGACUACUGUUCACUGAAUUAUAAUAACUGGAACACCAACAGUUACCAAGCAGGAAUUGUCACCCUUACCAAAGGAGAUUCCCUCUAUGUUAAUGUGUCAUAUCCAAGGCUAGUUGACUCUGAUGAGUCCAAAACGUUCUUUGGACUAUAUAAGCUUUAA